AUGCCGCAGCCGCCGCAAGUCCCCUUCGGGGCUCCCAUGCGACACGCCCACUUCGCCUUCUCCCCGAGUUACCUGCCCCUCAAUCACGGCUCCUACGGCACGCACCCGGUAUCUGUCCGUGCCGCCCACCUGGCUCUCCGCGCCGAGGUCGAGGCUGCCCCGGACCCGUUCAUCGCACUGCACUUUGCUAGCAGAUUGGCCAAGUCGCGUGCCGCCGUCGCCGGCUUGCUGCGCUGCCCCUCGGAUGAGCUGGUCUUUGUGCCCAACGCGACGACGGGCAUCGACACUGUGCUCAAGAACCUGGACUGGAAGCCAGGCGACGUCGUGCUGUGCUAUGAGCUGGUCUAUGGCUCCGUCGCCAACGGCCUGAGCUGGCUGGAGGAGGCCCGCGGCGUCGAACCCCAUGUGAUCUUCCGCGAGUGGCCCAUUGCGGACGACGACAUAGUCAAGAUGAUGGUGGACACGACGCGCCAGAUCAACGCACAGCCCGGCAAGAGAGUGCGGCUGGCCAUCUGCGAUACCAUCAUCAGUGGGCCCGGCGCACGGGUGCCAUUUGAGCGUCUCGUGCCCGCUCUACAAGCCGAGGGCGCCAUGGUGCUUGUGGAUGGUGCCCACGGCAUUGGCCAUGUUGACAUUGACCUUGGCGUGUUGAAACCUGACUUCUUUGUCACCAACUUACACAAAUGGUUCUUUGUGCCGAGAGGGUGUGCGGCCUUCUAUGUCCCAAAGAAGAACCAGGCCCUAAUUAGAACAUCGUUGCCUACCAGCCACGGGUUCAAACCGAAACGGCCCUUGUUCCUGUCCACGCCCGAGGAGAACGCCUUCGAGGAACUGUUUGACUUCACUGGAACCUCCGACACCACAAAUUAUCUCUGCGUCGAGGCAGCUCUGAGGUUCCGACACGAUGUCUGCGGCGGCGAGGCUUCCAUCCAGCAGUACUGCCGGUGGAUCACAGAGCGAGGGGCCACUAUUGCUGCUGAAAUACUAGGUACUCAUAUCAUGAAUGUUCCAGGCUCCAGGAUGCGCGAGUGCAAUUUUGCCAACAUUCGGAUGCCCCUUGAACUGCGCACGGCGCACGAAGUCAACAACAGAGAAACCGCAGAGCAAGACGGCAAGGUAGACCCUCGGCAUGCUAAUGCGGUCUCUGAUUGGAUCAAACAUGUUGGUUGCACAGAGAGUGGUAUAUAUUUCCAAAACUUCCUAUACCGCGGCAACUGGUGGUGGCGGAUCAGUGGAAUGAUCUAUGUCGAGGAAGCAGACUUUCGAAAGGGCGCGCAUGUACUCAAGCAGCUUUGCGCGCGAAACCAUGUCCCUUGUCUUGGCCGCCGUUCAUACGACGAGACUUCCGACGAGUACAAUGACCUUCCCUCGGGACCCUCUGACAUUAGGUGCCAAGAUCUAACGAUACCCGAUCUCUCGGCUGAUUACACACAGGCACACUGGGGACUUGACGAAACUGCGGUCACUUUCGUCGAAGACAUUUCCCUUGGAGCAUGCAGGAUCAAAACGCGCAAGUGUCCCGAGGAGAAGCCCACUCAGACACCCGGCAGCCUAGAUGAGGCACACCAAAGCGAGACAUUGGAAGUGGAAAGAUUUGCGAAGGCCGAAAUCCAUAGCGCGCACGGUCAUGGAGCAGGGGGUAAUGACGAGGAGCCCAUGUGGAAUGCUCUGACCGAGGGAUCCGAAUGGUCGACAUUUUAG